UGCCCGUCAACGACAAUGACCAAUUUCUGUUUCAUUCUGCGUCAAGUUUUACUUGGGUAAUUUGCUGUUUGCCAGUGUAUAUUCAAAACUCAAAACGAACUGAAAACAGGUCAACUUGUUCCAAAGCUUCAAUAUUGUUCCAUAGCGCUGAACUACGAAAUUGAACCUUGGCUUCUUUUCGAACUUCGGCAGCAAAACUUCGGCUACUAAUCCCUUCCUUCUGCCGAACAGCGGCCCGAACAUCAGCCCGAACAUCGACUUUUAAUACAAAAUUUCUUACAACUAUUUUAUACGUCAUUUAGAUAUAAGAAACUCAUCUAGUGACGCACAAGGCUAAAACGAGUAUAAAGGUAAGUCUGCAACACAUUGGGAACACUGUACAAAUAAGAUAAUUAUGGAAACAAGUUUCGAACAGGUACAGCCCCGUUCCAAACUCAACCUUUCCUAAACCGAAACACACAGCACGCGGACGUGCACACGACCAGCCCAAACACACACACAGACAAAGCAAACAGACGAGGACUAAAUGAACAAAUACAGGAACAACGCCGAGGAAAGCUUUCGAACGGUCAGUGGCAAAAUAUAAACACCAAUGGAAAGCUUAAACCGGUUUAUAGCACACCUAACCGCACUCUGAAAGCUAGGUAAUUUGAUCGGCCUCUGUUCGUUUUCGCCGCAAUGCAUAAUCAACAUAUAGCUUGAUACAACUCCUCAUACAUUCAACAAUGUAGUUAGUAUACUUUUCUAUAUUUUCUAUAUUUCGAUAUGUUUCAAAUUGACUUUAUUUCCUUUAUUAUAUUUAUGAAGUUAGCAAAUAUCUUGAUUUUCUGUCUUUAAAUUGAGAUCACAUUCUUGACAGUCAAUGUUAUAUCAUGAAUUUUAAUUCUAUAAUUGCAUGGGGGAACGGGGCGGCUCUAUGGCGGUGUUGUCCGCUGACUUAAAAUCACCUGUCCCUAACAGUUAUGGGUUCGAAACCUCGAUUUGGGUGUUGAAUUCUUCAUGUGAGGAAGUCAUCCAGCUGACUCACGAAAGGCAGGUUAUGCUGCCGCCCACACAUGGAAUAAUGUUAGAGGGCACCUGGGGUCUUCCUCCAACACGAAAAGCUGGAAAAGGCGUCAUAUAUCAUAUGACCUAUACUCUGUCGGUAUUUCUCUGUAUCCAACGGAAACGAAACAUAUAUAUUGAUAAUGUCAUAUAAAUAUCUUCCAAUUCUGUGUCUUUUUCCGAAAUUCAAAAAGAGUUAUAUAAACAUGUAGCUAUAGUAAGAAUGAAUUAUUACAAAAUUUACAAGACUUACAAAGCGAAAGUAUUGUAUGCCUAACUGGUAUUUUAAAUAAACUGAUAGUUACACUUAUUUAAACUGAUGAUACGAUCAGAUUGAAAACGUGCAAAAAACAUCACAAAUUAUCUACAGAACAUUGUUCAGCUAUUGUUUUACAAUUUUAUGUCGCAUAACGUCAUUUAAUACUUCUUUUUUUUUAAACAUUAGGGACUGCAGUUAUGGAACAUUACAUGUGAGUAACAGUUGUCUUGUUUUCCGUUUUCAGGAGAGAAACUGAGACCGCUUGUCGAUGGGAAGUCUAGAAAACCCCGAUGCUUUGGCCGGAUGUCCACAUAUUCCUUACCGGUGCUAUAUGAAGCCAGCAGCAAAGCAUGGAUGUUGACUCCGCUAAUGGAAGACUGGUUGAAAGAACUGGACAGAAAAAUGCGUGCUCAGAAUCGCAAGAUUUUACUACUGUUGGACAAUGCUCCUGUCCAUCCUAAGGUCACAUUGGAGAAUUUGAAGCUGCAAUUCUUCCCUGCCAACACCACCUCAGCACUACAGCCCAUGGAUGCUGGCAUCAUCCAAGCCGUCAAGCCUAAGUACCGACAACGCCAACUCCAACAUGUUCUUCUGGAAGUGGAAAAGCAACCAACAAAACUUGGGCCAGAGAUUUUUAGAGAUAUCACGAUACUGUAGGCCAUCUAUUGGAUCAACGCUGCAUGGCAGGAGGUGAAUACAGAUACCAUACAGAAGUGCAUCGCCAAUUGUGGCUUUACUGAGGCAAGCGUUAGUGAUAUUGGUGUAGUUAGUGGCAGUGAAUGGGACACUGAGUUUGAUAUUGAAGAUGACUACCCGCUUGCAGUACUGAAACUCUCAUCAGAACUCUUUGGGUCAGAGUUUAAAGAGCUUCUUGACAUUGACAAUCAGCUCUCAACGUGUGCUAAUAACUUACAAGAUUGGGACAGGCCUGCUACUGAGAUUCUCAGGGAUUUGAGUGAUUGUAGAGCUGAUGAAUGUGAAAGUGACAACGAACAAGAGGAUGUUCCAGCCGAGUCGAGUGUCAGUGCAACUGAUGUUGCUCAAUAUCUUGAAAAGAUCAGACAAUAUGCAUUGUGUAAAAAUCAGCCUGCUAUGUUAGAUAAGGUUAUGGACUUAGAGGAUUUAUUUACGCGGCUGAAAGUAGAGAUGACAGACAAACAAAGAUAAGUGACUUCUUUAAGAAAUAAAAUGUGAGCUAAGCAUAAAGACAGAAAUCAGUUGUGUUCAUUAUUCAGUGUUAAAAGGCAAAAGAGAGUUUAAAUUUGAAUAAUGUACAUGUUUUAUGAUAUGGAUCUUUAUUGACAUACAUGUAGAGUAAAUUGAUGAAACUGUU